AUGUCGGAACCCUCUGCCAAUGGUAUCGGAGCCGCUGGUCUCAAUGGAAUUAGCGACCGCACACGAGCCAAAUGGGCUGCAGGCUCCCCUGAAGAUAUCGCAGCUCGACUCCCCCCAAUGCUCGACUUGACCAUCGAGAAUAUCACCGAAAAUGUGAUGCAAAUUAACUCAAUGUGCGACAACCCUCGAAUGAUGUAUCUCAUCACAAAGCUAGUCAAAGCCUCGCACGACUACGUGCGAGACGUGAAUCUGCAAUUCGACGAGUGGGAGCAAGCUUGGCAGUUCCUCACGCGCGUCGGUCAGAUUUCAACCGAUGUUCGGCACGAGUUUGUUCUCCUGUCUGAUAUCCUGGGUAUCUCGGCUCUGGUAGACGCGCUAUCAUACCCUGCCGUCCCAGGCGCGACCGAGUCUUCGGUUUUGGGUCCAUUCCACGAUGAGGAGGCUCAUUGUUUUGAAAACGGGGAAUCUAUUACUUCCGAUGGAACCCCUGGCGAGCCUACUAUUGUCCGUGGUUCUGUUCGCGACAUCGAAGGCAAUUUCGUUCCUAAAGCCCUGAUCGAUGUUUGGGAGACCGAUGGUAACGGAGUAUAUGACCUCGAGUAUGACGGUAGCCAAGACCCGAACUGUCGUGGAAAGAUAUUUACGGAUGCCAAGGGUCAAUAUCUUUUCAAAUGUGUCAAGCCUGUUGCGUACCCGAUCUCGAAUGAUGGCCCGGUCGGAGAGCUCCUGCGCAAGCUGAGGAGACACUGGUACCGACCAGCGCAUAUGCACUUCAUGGUCAUGCACCCUGAAUACACCAAGUUGAUCACGGCACUAUAUUCCCGGGACAGCAACUUCGUCGAAAGCGAUGCUGUUUUCGGCGUCAAGAAAAGUUUGAUUGUCGACUAUAAAUGGUCUGAGGAUCUGGAAAUUGCCAAGCAGCAUAAUCUUGUUCCUAUGAAGAGAACUGUCGAUGGCAAGGAGUCUAUGGGCUUUUGGCUGUUGGAGCAGGACUUCGUAUUAGUCAAGAAAAGUACUCCUCCUCCUCGCAAGGUCAGGGAUGAUUAG